AUGGCCAAUUGUGGCCGGCUUCUACCUGGACGAAGCCCAACCAGCAACAGUUCUAGCUCCUCGACUAAUUCUCCUUCAGACAGCCUUGACCACGUCGCCUCUAUCUUCUCGACCCUCACAUCCCUUCUUGGUGCAAAGAAUCUCCCAUCCCCAAUCCUCCAACCCCCUAGCCCAGCCUCUCCAGCACAAAAUACACCUACCAAGCUUACACACUUUCUUCACCAUGCCCAAGAUAACUUAGGAAUUCCCAACAUGCUCGAAUGCGAGGGCCAGCUUUCUCAUUGCCGGUAUGGCCCUGAUAUUAUCCCCUACGUGUCCGAUGCUGCUAUCGCGAAGUGUGGUUUUACUGAGGGUGACGACAUUCGUCUCAAGCGUGGUGCAGAGGCUUGGUGGGCAAGCCCGGAGGCCAAACGUAAGCAUGCACGGGUGGCGUCGCCCUCACGUGAUAUCACACAUGCUAUUCGUUUCGAGAAGCGGUUUGUUGAAGGAGGGUCUGCAUCAUACUUUGGUUCAGGCAUGGAAAUGGGUUACAAUGGCCGUAGUGAUGAGUAUGAGUGGUGGUACUAUUGUGACAAGGUGAAGGAGCUUGUCAAGGUCCCCACAGGGCAGGUCCCAAUCCUGGCAGCUGAAUACUCCGAUGCUCGUGAGGGAGAGGACGAUUUCUGA